CGGCGUACCCAGCCGGCCCAGGAGGCCUCUUGCUCUUCUGAAGCGCUCUCGGGCUCUGGUUUGAAAUCUGAGGAACUUCCCUCCUUGCUUGUUCCGUCUGCGUUGUCCAGUCGGAGUCACCACUUCGCAGCGUCUGGCGGAAAUUCGCCAGGUGGCCCUGGCCGCAGGCACAACGUUAGAGCAACAUUCGCUGUUGCUUCGUGAAAAUGUCACCCUCACGGGGCGCCUUUUUCGCGGGCGUGGCGGUUGCAGCGUCAGUGAGGUUUCACUUCUGAUUCCUGAAUGUGGGAUACUAUCAAAAGAACUGAAAGAAGUGGUCAUGAAAACUGGACCCUAUUACUUUGUGAAGGAUUUACCUCUCCAUGAGUUAAUCACUCACGAAUUCAUCAAUACUUUCGUAAAGAAAGGUUCAUGCUACGCGCUGACGUACAACACAAAUAUCGAUGAGGAUAAUACGGUCGCACUGCUGCCAAAUGGGAAGCUAAUUUUAUCACUGGAUAAAGACACUUAUGAAGAAACUGGACUUCAGGGCCGUCCAUCCCAGUAUUCCGGCAGGAAAGUCAUGAAAUUUAUUGUUUCCAUUGACUUGAUGGAUUUAGCCUCUAACCUGGACUCUAAGAAAUAUGGAAGAGUAUCUUGGUCCUUCAAAGAAAAGAAGCCAUUGAAAUUUGAUUUCCUUUUGGCUUGGCAUCAAACAGGUGCAGAAGAAUCGGUGAUGAUGUCACACUUUUCCGAUUACGGAAUUCAGGAGCGUCAGCCUGACGUGGUGCUGGGCAUGGUGGCGGAGCUGCGGUGCCCGGUGCUGCGGAGCGGCCAGCUCGGGGGCGAGCCUGGGGCGGCGUGCGGCGCCCGGGAGCUCCUGGACUGGCUGGGCGCCGUCUUCAGCCACACCGAGCUAAAUAAUGAGCCAAAUAAUUUCAUAUCCACCUACUGCUGUCCCCAGCCAAGCACAGUGGUGGCAAAAGCCUACCUGUGCACCAUCACGGGCUUCAUACUUCCGGAGAAGAUACACCUCCUGUUGGAGCAGCUGCGUCACUACUUUGACGAACCAAAGCUGGCCUCGUGGGUGACCUUGUCGGUUCAAGGCUUCGCAGACAGCCCUGUUUCCUGGAGAGAAAACGAGCACAGUUUUGGAAAAGGAGGAGAGCAUUUAUACAACUUUGUGAUUUUUAGUAAUCAGGACUACUGGCUUCAGAUGGCUGUCGGGGCAGAUGAUGACUGCCCCCCGUGACACACGCAGGACAGGUGAUGACUGUCUGCUGUGAUACGUGCAGGACACGUGAUGACUGUCCGCCGUGACACGCGCAGGAUUAAAGUCACAUUUGUUUAUGUUUAUGCCAGUUUUCAGACUUCUCGUCAGUAGAAGGACUGUGUUCACUGCAACCUGGAUGGUGAUGACAUUUCUUAGAUCAGCAUCCGUUGGCAUCUGCUCUGGCCUCGGGCCCAUCCUGUGACUGCACCUGGGCCCGCCGUCCAGUGGAAGCUCAUAGUUGAUUCCUCCUUGUCAGUAUGAGCCCGGGGAGGGAGUCACUGUGUGGUGCCCUGGGCCGGGAUGGCCGGGGACCAGGGGUUGUGGGACCACUGGUAAGAUGUGUGCUGUGACUCAGGCACAUGAUUACAACCUUUCACACAAUAGUAGAAAGAAGUCCUCACAUCAUACUUA